AUGGAUCGUGCUUCUGUGUUCACAAUCGAUACUGGUCUACCCAAAGAUGACAGCCAGCCCGAUGAUCAGCCAGGUGAAAUCCAAAAGGCCUUCAGGUCAUUUAUUCUGGAGUUCCGGCUUGACAACACAUUUAUAUACCGAGAUGCCUUACGAACAAACAUUCUCGUGAAGCUAUACAUGCUUGAUGUCGACAUUGGCCAUCUGAUUUCUUUCAAUGAAGAGCUCGCUCACAAGCUUUCCAACGAGCCAGCAGACAUUAUCCCCAUUUUCGAAAUGGCCAUCAAAGACUGCGCCCGCCGUAUGUUCUUCCCCGGUGCCGAUAAUUCCCGUAGUUUCCCCGAAUGCCAACUUAUUCUUCAUUCGUCCGCAAACCUCAUUUCAAUUCGAGAUCUCAAUGCCUCCUACAUUUCUAAGCUUGUCCGCAUCCCCGGAAUUGUUAUUGGCGCCUCUACUCUAUCCUCAAAAGUCACACUUAUGUCAAUAAUGUGUCGCAACUGCAGAAAUUCGAAAACCAUCCCAGUUGCUGGCGGUUUCGCUGGUGUCUCUCUACCUCGUACCUGUGAUCGUCCCUCAAACCCUGCCGAUGAAGGCGAGCGCUGUCCGAUGGAUCCAUACUUUGUGGUCCACGAAAAGUGCACAUUUAUCGACCAGCAAGUGCUCAAACUUCAAGAAGCGCCGGAUAUGGUUCCAGUGGGUGAACUUCCCCGUCAUAUUCUUGUAUCGGCCGAUCGCUACCUCACAAAUAAGGUAGUCCCCGGUUCCCGUUGCACGGUGAUGGGUGUUUUCAGUAUCUACCAAUCCAAGGGUGCGAAGGGCCCCGGGAGUGCCGUAGCAAUUCGAAACCCUUAUAUCCGUCUCACUGGUAUACAGUCGAGUGUUGACCAUUCCUCCAAAGGCGGAAUGGUAUUUUCUGAAGCUGAGGAACAGGAAUUUCUUGAAAUGUCCCGUGACCCUCAGCUAUAUGAGAAAUUCUCCCGGAGUAUCGCACCAUCCAUUUUCGGCUUCCAAGAUAUCAAAAAAGCAAUUGCCCUUCUCCUUUUCGGCGGUUCUAAGAAAAUUCUUCCCGAUGGCAUGAAGCUUCGUGGUGAUAUCAACGUCCUCCUCCUUGGUGACCCCGGAACUGCCAAAUCUCAGCUUCUCAAAUUUGUUGAGAAGGUUGCUCCCAUUGCCAUCUACACCUCUGGAAAAGGUUCAUCCGCCGCCGGUCUCACAGCGUCUGUCCAGCGUGACUCCCAAUCCCGUGAAUUCUACCUUGAAGGGGGUGCCAUGGUGCUCGCUGAUGGUGGUGUCGUAUGUAUCGAUGAAUUCGACAAGAUGCGAGAUGAAGAUCGAGUCGCCAUCCACGAAGCAAUGGAACAGCAAACUAUCUCUAUUGCAAAGGCCGGUAUCACCACGAUCCUUAAUGCGAGGACCUCUGUACUCGCCGCUGCAAACCCUAUCUUCGGCCGUUACGAUGACAUGAAGUCGCCUGGCGAGAAUAUUGAUUUCCAGACAACAAUUCUUUCCAGAUUCGAUAUGAUCUUCAUUGUUAAAGACGAACACAACGCAGCUCGCGACGAAACCAUGGCGCGCCACGUUAUGUCAUUACACAUGAACCGCACCCCCGCAGGUGUCGCCCCCGAAGAUGCGGCAGCAGACAUCAGCAUAGAACGUAUGAAGCGCUAUAUCACAUACUGCAAGACACGAUGUGCGCCACGUCUGUCCCCCGACGCUGCUGAAAAGCUUUCAUCCCACUUUGUUGGAAUCCGGAAGAAGGUUCACCAGGUCGAAGUUGAUGCGAACGAGCGCUCCUCUAUCCCGAUCACUGUGAGACAGCUAGAGGCUAUCAUCCGUAUCACCGAAGCACUCGCAAAACUGUCAUUGCAGCCCAUCGCAACGGAGGAGCACGUUGAUGAGGCGAUCAGACUAUUCUUGGCGAGUACAAUGGACGCGGUUGGGCAGGGUGCUGGUACAAGCGCAGAGUUGCUAGAAGAGGUUGGAAAAGUGGAGGCUGAACUGAGAAGGAGAUUGCCCAUUGGAUGGAGUACAAGUUUGGCUACGUUGAAGAGAGAGCUGUGCGCGGGUAGGGGAUACAGUGAAAACGCACUUGGAAGAGCGUUGGUGGUCAUGAGUAGGAGAGAAACCAUACAGUUUAGAAACGGUGGUGGAAGUGUGUUCAGGAGCGGUGUUUAA